GCAGCUGCCGCCGGAGGAGCUCAUGGCCGGCCUGGGAGCGCGCAGCGUCCUGGUGACCGGAGCCAACCGGGGCAUCGGCCUGGAGCUGGUCCGGCAACUCUUGAGCAAGCCCGAUUCUCCGCAAUGGAUCUUCGCCUGCAGCCGGGAACCGGAGGGCGAGCGCGGGCAGGCUCUCAGGAACCUGGCUUCCAAAUACCCAAACCUGGUGAUGGUGAAGCUAGAUACUACGAGUUCCGCAAGCAUUAAGGCUGCCGCAGCCUGUGUGGAGAACCACCUGAAAGGCUCGGGGCUGAAUCUGCUCAUCAACAAUGCUGGCAUUUUAAAAGCGGUGACGUUGGACAUGGUGGAUGAAGAAGACAUGAUCAAUACGUACAAGACCAAUGUGAUUGGGCCGCUGUUAGUGAAUCAGACUUUCCUGCCUCUGCUAAAGAGGGCAGCCCAAGGAAGCUCAAAGAAAGGGCUGAGCUGCAGCAGGGCAGCCAUUAUCAACAUCUCCUCCAUCUUGGGCAGCAUGGAUUUUGUCCCGCCCAGCGUUGUUAAACCCGCAAUUUCAUAUCGCUGCAGCAAGGCCGCUCUUAACAUGCUGACCCGGUGCCAAUCUGUGGAUUACCAGAAAGAAGGGAUCCUCUCCACAAUUAUCCAUCCAGGAUGGGUGAAGACUGACAUGGGCGGCCCAGAGGUGGCUUGACCGCGGACCGAGAGCUGCGCAAGGCAUCCUGGACGUUCUUUCCAAACUCAGCGAUGAACACAACGGCGCCUUCCUUGACU